UUUUCGUUGGCCGCGCUCGGAUGGCGGCUGCUGCUGGAGCUGCUGCCGCCUCGUAGCGCUGCCUCUCGCACGGCGAGCCGAGGGCAGCGCGGCGCCUUCCUUUGUCCGGGUCUCCUGCGCGUGGUCCCGAAGGGCGCCCUUCCCCACGGCCGGCAGAAUGGGCCGGGAGUCACGCCACUAUCGGAAGCGAUCAGCAUCACGGGGGCGCUCUGGAAGUCGAUCUAGAAGUCGCUCACCCUCAGACAAAAGAAGUAAACGUGGAGAUGACAGACGGUCUAGAAGCAGAGAUAGAGAUAGAAGAAGAGAGAGAUCUCGUAGCAGGGAUAAAAGAAGAUCUCGGUCAAGAGACAGGAAGCGUCUGAGGCGUUCCAGAAGUAGAGAGAGAGACAGAAGUCGAGAGCGAAGAAGAUCUCGAAGUCGAGACAGGAGACGCUCGAGGAGUAGAAGCCGGGGCCGGCGAUCCCGGUCCUCCAGUCCUGGUAACAAAAGCAAGAAAGCUGAGAACAGGUCUAGGUCCAAAGAGAAAACAGAUAGUGGGGAAAGUUCUAAAGAGAAGAAAAAAGACAAAGAUGACAAGGAGGAUGAAAAAGAAAAAGAUGCUGGCAACUUUGACCAAAAUAAGCUGGAAGAAGAAAUGAGAAAGCGAAAAGAAAGAGUAGAAAAAUGGCGAGAAGAGCAACGUAAAAAGGCCAUGGAAAACAUAGGGGAACUGAAAAAGGAAAUUGAAGAGAUGAAACAAGGGAAAAAAUGGAGUUUAGAAGAUGAUGAUGAUGAUGAAGAUGAUCCUGCAGAAGCUGAAAAGGAAGGAAAUGAAAUGGAGGGCGAGGAAUUAGAUCCAUUAGAUGCUUACAUGGAAGAAGUGAAAGAGGAAGUAAAAAAAUUUAAUAUGAGAAGUGUGAAAGGUGGUGGGGGAAAUGAAAAGAAGUCUGGGCCAACGGUCACAAAAGUUGUCACUGUUGUGACAACCAAAAAGGCAGUUGUAGAUUCUGAUAAGAAGAAAGGUGAGCUGAUGGAGAAUGACCAGGAUGCAAUGGAGUAUUCUUCAGAGGAGGAAGAAGUUGAUCUUCAGACAGCGCUUACAGGCUAUCAGACAAAACAGAGAAAGCUUCUAGAACCAGUAGAUCAUGGAAAAAUUGAAUAUGAACCAUUCAGAAAAAACUUUUAUGUUGAAGUUCCAGAACUAGCAAAAAUGUCUCAAGAGGAGGUGAAUGUAUUUCGGUUGGAAAUGGAGGGCAUUACAGUCAAGGGAAAAGGUUGCCCUAAACCAAUUAAAUCUUGGGUCCAGUGUGGAAUUUCCAUGAAGAUCUUAAAUUCUCUCAAAAAGCAUGGCUAUGAAAAGCCCACGCCAAUCCAAACCCAAGCAAUUCCUGCUAUAAUGUCUGGACGAGAUUUGAUCGGUAUUGCCAAGACUGGAAGCGGAAAGACCAUUGCGUUUCUGUUGCCCAUGUUUAGACACAUCAUGGACCAGAGGUCUUUAGAAGAAGGAGAGGGACCAAUAGCUGUCAUCAUGACUCCAACUCGAGAACUGGCUUUACAAAUUACUAAAGAAUGUAAGAAGUUUUCGAAGACUUUGGGACUUAGAGUGGUCUGUGUUUAUGGAGGAACAGGAAUCAGUGAGCAGAUUGCAGAGCUGAAAAGAGGUGCUGAAAUUAUUGUUUGCACACCUGGUCGAAUGAUUGACAUGUUAGCGGCUAACAGUGGUCGGGUUACAAAUCUUCGAAGAGUGACAUAUGUUGUUUUGGAUGAAGCAGACAGAAUGUUUGACAUGGGUUUUGAACCACAGGUCAUGCGCAUUGUGGAUAAUGUCCGUCCUGACCGACAGACAGUUAUGUUUUCAGCUACUUUCCCCAGAGCAAUGGAGGCUUUGGCUCGCAGAAUCCUGAGUAAACCCAUUGAAGUGCAGGUGGGAGGCAGGAGUGUGGUUUGCUCGGAUGUGGAGCAACAAGUGAUUGUGAUUGAAGAAGAAAAGAAAUUCUUGAAGUUACUUGAGCUUCUAGGCCAUUACCAAGAAUCGGGAUCGGUCAUUAUAUUUGUGGAUAAGCAGGAGCAUGCUGAUGGUCUUCUGAAAGAUUUAAUGAGAGCAUCUUAUCCUUGCAUGUCUCUUCAUGGAGGCAUUGAUCAAUAUGACAGAGAUAGCAUCAUAAAUGACUUUAAGAAUGGGACGUGCAAACUUCUUGUGGCUACCUCUGUUGCUGCCCGAGGCCUAGAUGUGAAACAUCUGAUUCUUGUAGUAAAUUACAGCUGCCCCAACCAUUAUGAGGAUUAUGUGCACAGAGCAGGACGGACUGGAAGAGCAGGCAACAAAGGUUAUGCGUACACUUUUAUCACAGAAGAUCAAGCUCGCUAUGCUGGGGACAUAAUUAAAGCUCUUGAGUUGUCAGGGACUGCAGUGCCUCCUGAUCUAGAGAAACUUUGGAGUGAUUUCAAAGAUCAACAGAAAGCUGAAGGGAAAAUAAUUAAAAAGAGUAGUGGGUUCUCUGGUAAGGGAUUCAAGUUUGAUGAAACAGAACAAGCUUUGGCUAAUGAGAGGAAGAAGUUACAAAAAGCAGCUCUUGGUCUGCAAGAUUCAGAUGAUGAGGAUGCUGCCGUCGAUAUUGAUGAGCAAAUUGAAAGCAUGUUUAAUUCAAAGAAGAGAGUGAAGGAUAUGGCUGCUCCUGGAACGUCUAGUGUACCUGCUCCAACUGCAGGAAAUGCUGAGAAAUUAGAAAUUGCUAAGAGAUUGGCUCUUAGAAUCAACGCUCAGAAGAAUUUGGGCAUUGAAUCUCAGGUAGAUGUGAUGCAACAGGCCACCAAUGCAAUUCUCAGAGGUGGCACCAUCCUGGCUCCCACUGUCUCUGCAAAAACCAUUGCAGAACAGCUUGCUGAGAAGAUCAAUGCCAAGCUCAAUUAUGUGCCUUUGGAGAAACAAGAAGAGGAGAGACAGGAUGGUGGACAGAAUGAAUCUUUUAAGAGAUAUGAGGAAGAAUUAGAAAUCAAUGACUUCCCACAGACUGCCAGGUGGAAAGUUACUUCUAAGGAAGCUCUGCAGAGAAUCAGUGAAUAUUCUGAAGCCGCAAUUACAAUCAGAGGAACCUACUUCCCACCUGGCAAAGAACCCAAGGAAGGAGAGCGGAAAAUUUACUUGGCAAUUGAAAGUGCCAAUGAACUGGCUGUGCAGAAAGCAAAGGCUGAAAUCACCAGGCUCAUAAAAGAAGAACUGAUCCGACUGCAAAAUUCAUACCAACCGACAAAUAAAGGAAGAUACAAAGUCUUAUAAAACAUCUGGAAAAAACUUACCUGUACUGGUCUGUGGUACAUGUGGCAAUUGUUGUCUGCAGUUUACAAUGUAUUGUAAAUUAACAUUUUUAAAAUUCUAUCUUGCUGAUUUUUUUAAAUAUAAGGAACAAAUAUUUGCUAAAGAAAUCUUCUUUCAGUAAGUACCCCAGAAUUAUCAGACUAUAUUUAAAGCAGGCCUGUUUUCAGAGUCCUUUAAUAUAAA